AUGACUCAGUGGAAGGUUAAAUUAACCAACCAGUGGGAUGGUAAGGUUGAACCAUUUUGGAAUGAUAGACUAUCCUUAUGGGGUGUUCAUGAAAAGGGAAGUAUUAGUAUAUUAAGGUAUAUUGAUGGACGCAAUAUUGGAGCUAUUCCGCUACGAUUGAAACCUAAAGAGGAAUUGCUCACAUGCAAAUGGGAACCUGAUGAUGGCGAUUUAUUUGCCGUGGCUUUAAAAUCUGGUUCUAUUAGGAUUUAUAAAGGACGACAAGACGUUGAAGGUAGUAAUGAACUCGAUGGCGCUGAUAUUGUUGGCACUAUCGUCUUGGGAAGAGAAAAUUGGUUCACUAUGGAACAAUUUGUAUGGAAUCGGAUAAAAUGGACCUCUAACGAACCGUUUAAGGGUGACUUCGAUUGCGUAAUAUCAAAUUGGCUACCUAAGUUGACAGAGAUGAACAUUAGCCCUCAGGGCAAGCUUACGUGUUCUCCUCUGGAGUGCGAAGGCCCUGAGUGGAAUAUUGGGCUUUCUGAAAAUGAGUCAAAUAUGUUUUUAACGUAUGAUAAUUCUACAAGGAAAGUUGUGCUUUCCAUAGAUGGGACGUUUAACUUCAGAUAUGGUGAAAAGAAUAAGUUCCCAAGCAAAAUAACGAAGAUUCUUCCUGGAAACAAAAGUAACUACGUAUUUUUGAAUGACGAAGACUGGCAAUUACAGACGAUAAAGUUGGAGUUCACAGAGUCGCAUCAGAUGCAUGAGUUGAUGAAAUCGUGUUCCCAAGUCCAAUUCUUGAUUAAAUACAUUAAGGAAAACCAUAAAGUUAUUGCUUUAAAGCUAAUGGAACCUCAUGCAAAUUUUAUCCAGGGAUUAUUUCCAGAUGAGCAGGUAUCGAACCUCUUAAGAGCCAUUAAGGACGUUUUUUAUUUUGGACACUCUGAUGAGAAAAGCAUAGAAAGUUGGUUGAUGCUGAAAGUUGGCCGACAUGGCAUCAACGUUUGGAAACAAAGAAAUCAUCUAUUUUGGUCAAGUACACAAGGUUUCUUAGUUACAUGUAUGAUACCCGCAUGCGAACGGUUGGUAGUUGCUGUUAAAAGAUUACAGGGUUUAAUAAAAAGCUUGAAACUUACUGUAUUCAGUCUUGAUGAUGAUGAAUACUUAGCUACUACGGAGGUGCAAGAGUUGUUAGACAUGUCUCUUGAAGUACUAAAGGAAUUUGUUGCUAAGGUAGAACAUUUUCACAUAGGGGAAAAGAUGUCACUAGAUGGAUUGACAUGGAUAGAAUAUAUAAUGGAGCAUAUGUUACAUACUGAGGAUGAAACUAGCAAUAGCAAUGGCCAGGAUGGACUUUCUGCAGAAGAUAACGAAGUGACAGAAAACUACCCAAGGGAUCAUUAUUCGAUACAGCUUUUUUUACAGGAAUAUAUCAUUCCAUCUCAAACUUAUAACUGGAUUAAGGCAUCCUUCCCUUCUAAGCUCGAAGCCCUUGCUCGUCAGUUUGAUCUUGUACAAAAGAAUUACACCGCCAAGUGGAUUAAAAAAUUAAUAAGGGUUGCAGGGCCAAUCCGAAAACUUAAAAGCAUUGUCGGGUACCGUUUAGAAGAUGCUAUUGUUCUAGGUGAUUCGAUCUACAUGAUCUGUUCUAAAAGUAAUGACAAGAGUUCUUCUGGCCAGGAUCAAGCGCAGGGCAAUGAGCAGAAGGAAGCAGAUCAAAGUAUAGAUAACGAAACGUUAAAAGACGUCAUUUUCACUCUAUUCCAGUACGAUACAUCAACUAGAGAAUUAACAAAACAAGAGAUCCCUUCACCGAAUCCUUUUUCAUGUAUAACAUGCAUUAAGUUUGUCCCUGGAGAGGCGACUCGGUUUCUAGUUUUGGCAGACGAUGGAGAAAUAUGGAAAUAUUCUGCAGCCUAUUCUGUUAUAACUGGUGUUAAAAACUCAAACCGUAUCACCAUCUGUAAAGAUCCAAAUAUCAUCAUGGAACCGUUAGAUCUUGAAGUAACCAAGAAAAAUAGGGCUAUCAAUAAUAAGUUUGUUGUUCAUUCAGAGAUGGCUGUAUCCAUCUUGUAUCCUGCUAGUGAAGUCUCAGGUCCUCGUUGUCGACUAGCCGUGCAAACGAUAUAA